UGCGCCUGCGCAGUGGAGCCCGUCAUGGCGGCUGCAGGAUGGCCGGGUUGCGCACAGGGUUUAAAAGGCGUGAUUUUGGACAUGUGCGGAGUUUUGUACGACAGCGGAGAGGGGGACGGAGUGGCCAUCCCCGGGUCCGUGGAAGCGGUGCAAAGGUUGAAACAGUCGGAUCUGCAGCUGCGUUUUUGCACCAACGAGACUCAGGCGUCCAGAGACAGAUUUGUGGCCAAACUCCGGAGACUCGGGUUCGACAUUUCUGUGAAGGAAGUUUUCUCUCCUGCUCCGGCCGCCGUGUCUGUGCUGAAGGAGAGAGGACUGCGGCCCCACCUGCUGGUCUACGACGGUCUGUUGCCGGAAUUUGAGGGCGUGGACCAGACCGACCCAAACUGUGUGGUGAUCGGAGACGCGGCCGAGAAGUUCUCCUACGAAAACCUGAAUGACGCGUUCAGGGUCCUGAUGGCGCUGGACAAACCGGUGCUGUUCUCUCUGGGCCAGGGGAGAUAUUACAAAGAGACAGACGGACUCAAACUGGAUGUGGGAGUUUAUAUGAAAGCUCUGGAGUUCGCCUGUGAUGUGAAAGCUGAAGUGAUUGGAAAACCGUCUCCCAUGUUCUUCCGGAGCGUCCUCAGUGACAUGGGAAUAAAGCCUCACGAGGCUCUGAUGAUCGGGGACGACCUGGUGAACGACGUUGGAGGAGCUCAGAGCUGCGGCAUGAAGGGCGUCCAGGUCCGAACCGGAAAAUACAGACCGAGUGAUGAGAGCCACGCGUCAGUCCGAGCCGACGGGACCGUGGACCAUCUGAGCCAAGCUGUGGACCUGAUCCUCGGCCACAGGGGGCAGUAAAGAGCCAAGAGACACUCAUGGACUUUAACGUGGAACUACACACCUGAAAACUGCAUUUCAAACACAGAGACUAAACUGGGCGACGUCUGUGGACUACAGGGGCGGGUGUUUGUAAUCAGAACCUCUGGCUGUAAUCAGGGCAGUUCUGUGUGAUGUCACUUAGUACUUACUGUAUUUUUCUGACUAUAAAGCGCACCAAAUAAGGAGCAUUAAGCCAAACAAAACAGUCAAAUAAGUCAAACUUUAUUCAACUUCAUCCAUUUUCUUCCUCUUAUCCUGGUCGGGUCGUGAGGGCAGCAGUCUAAACAAAGACUCCCAGACUUCCCUCACCCCAGACACUUCCUCCAGCUCCUCCGGGGGAACCCUAAGGUGACUGCAGGCCAACCCAGAGACAUUUUAGACGUUUACGCUGAAACAUAUCACCGUAUUGGACACGAUUUGCGUCCAGACACGUCGUUUCUGUGUUCACAAUCAAAGCCUCCCCUCCACACAGUAACACGAAACCUCCUGAAACACUCGUCACGUGACUAAGGCUGGGGUCAAGAUGUCACAUCACAUGGGUAGUAAAAUUAAGGAAGUGGAGCACCGUGUCUGAAGUUGCAGCAGCUGAUUUCCAGCCAAGGAAGAUUUUAAGUGUGAAAACAGUUUUUUCAUGGACCGACAACUGAACGUAACAAUGGAUUGUAAGAAAUUUGUCUGUGGUUUGUUGAAAUUGUUUUCCGCAGUAGCGUCACAUGACCGAUGUCACGAACCCAGAGAAUCAGGAAGGACUCGGUCACAGGUCACAGUGACUCGAGCUCCUACAUCAGAGUAUCAGUGUUUUCAGGCGUCCACACAGUCAAGGAUCAGAUCUGUACAAACAUGAAUUCGUGGAAGCUUGGAGGCACCAGAUUGUUCCGUCUCUGGAGCCGUUUUCCAUCGGAUUAGCAUCUGCAACGAAAACGACUCUAACACGUACUAGUGUGGACAGGGCCUUAGUCCCUCCAGUGUGUCCUGGGUCUUCCCCGGGGCCUCCUUCCGGUGGGACAUGCCUGGAACACCUCCUCAGGGAGACACCCAGGACACAUCUGGAACAGAUGCCCUCCCCUCGGCUGACUCCUCUCGUCGUGGAGGAGCAGCGGCUCUACUCCGAGCUCCUCACCCUCACCUCCUCACCGCUCCUCUCCAAGGAAGCGCCCAGACACUCUGCAGAAGAAACUCAUUUUGAUCGCUUGUAUCUGUGAACUUGUUCUUUAAUUACCCAAAGUUCAUGACCAUUUAUUCAACUCAUUCACAAUAACUCAGUCCAGUUAUCCACGAUCCAUCGACAGCUCAUGACGUAAGUCUCCCGCCGUUUCCUCCCUGUUUUGGUGAAUGUGUUUUACUUCGCGAGGCUCCUGACUACAGUCGCCGUCGUGCUCUGACAAUCCAUCAAGAGGUGUGGCUUCAUCGUUUACCAAAGUUGCACUAAAACAUUUGGACAGAUUUUUGAGCACCGUGUUCCACAUUAAAUUGAUCCGAGGUCAGUAAACACGACCAGAAUUAAUACAUAAGACACACCAGAUUAUAACUUAUAACUGUGCUUUAUAGUCCGAAAAAUACAGUACACACUUUGACCUAGUUUGCUCUAAAAUAAACAAAAAUGAUCAGGAACAGUCGAUAAUUAUUAUACUCAAACUUCAUAUACACGGUUUAGCAGUCAGUUUAGUGUUUAGUUCCACUUUAAAAACUGAAACCGUCUAAAUGUGAAUCUCCAACAGCACGUCAGAUUAAUGUGGUUUAACAUCAUUUAAUUUUAGAAAAAGUUUAGUUUAAUAUCUAAUGUUGAAAACACUAAAGCACUAAAAACUGUUGAAGCUGCUAUCACUUUAGAAUAUUUAAUUAUCUGAACUAUUAUGACUGCUACUACUCAUACUACUACUAUUACUGCGAGUACUACUACUAUUACUGCGAGUACUACUACUACAGGUACUACUCCAGAAACAACUUAAUUAAUGAGACUAAUUAAUAAUCACUGAAAUUCAAAUGUGGGAGCUGUAUUUAUUGUAUUGUGAAUUGUGAAUUGUAAAGCCACGAUGUGUCUGCUUUACAAUAAACUUAAAUGAAUAACA